CUCCCGACCUCCCAGUUUCCCGGCGUGCUUCAGGCCCGCCAAAUGGGAGGGGGAGACGCAAGAUGGCGGCAGCCGCGAACUCCGGCUCCAGCCUCCCGCUGUUCGACUGCCCGACCUGGGCAGGUAAACCUCCACCUGGCUUACAUCUGGAUGUAGUGAAAGGAGACAAACUAAUUGAGAAGCUGAUUAUUGAUGAGAAGAAGUAUUACUUAUUCGGGAGGAACCCUGAUCUGUGUGACUUUACCAUCGACCACCAGUCUUGCUCUCGAGUCCACGCGGCACUGGUUUACCACAAGCACCUGAAGAGAGUUUUCUUGAUAGAUCUCAACAGCACACAUGGCACUUUCUUGGGUCACAUUCGGUUGGAACCUCACAAGCCUCAGCAGAUUCCCAUUGACUCCACGGUCUCGUUUGGUGCAUCCACAAGGGCAUACACUCUGCGAGAGAAGCCUCAGACAUUGCCAUCGGCUGUGAAAGGAGAUGAGAAGAUGAGUGGAGAGGAUGAUGAACUCAAGGGCUUGUUGGGACUUCCAGAAGAGGAGACCGAACUUGAUAACCUGACAGAGUUCAACACUGCCCACAACAAGCGGAUUUCAACCCUUACAAUUGAGGAGGGAAAUCUGGACAUUCAGAGACCAAAGAGGAAGAGGAAGAACUCCCGGGUGACUUUCAGUGACGAUGAUGAGAUCAUCAACCCAGAGGACGUGGAUCCCUCUGUUGGUCGCUUCCGGAACAUGGUGCAGACGGCAGUGGUCCCAGUCAAGAAGAAGCGGAUGGAGGGCUCCGGCUCCCUGGGCCUGGAGGAGUCGGGGAGCAGGCGCAUACAGAACUUUGCCUUCAGUGGAGGACUCUACGGGGGCCUGCCCCCGACACACAGUGAGACGGGCUCCCAGCCUCACGGCAUCCACGGGACAGCACUCAUCGGCGGCCUGCCCAUGCCAUAUCCCAACCUCGCCCCGGACGUGGACUUGACUCCUGUUGUGCCAUCAGCAGUGACCAUCAACCCCACACCAAACCCUGCAGUCUAUAACCCUGAAGCUGUAAAUGAACCCAAGAAGAAGAAAUAUGCGAAGGAGGCUUGGCCGGGCAAGAAGCCCACACCUUCCUUACUGAUUUGAUAUUUUGGUUAUGGAGAGGGUGGGGAUGGGUGGGAGCGGGUGGAGGGGUGACAAGGGGAGCUAAUGAACUAGGGAGAAAACUUUCCAUGUGUGCAGUAUCGUCUUUCAGAAAGUCUCCUGGGGUCCUAACCAUAUACUGAGGCUAGGGGUGGGCCUAAAGUACCAGUAAAGACCUGAGUCAGAACGCUUGAAUCGUCAGAGAAAGGCUUCCUGGGUCCUCCUGAGAAGGCUGCCCUGCUGCUCUCCCUGUGCCGCCUCUGUUGUAUGUGAAGUGGCUCACAGGUGGAAUCAGAGCUAUGGAGGGUGGGAGCCUCAUUUGCAUUCACUUCCCUCCCUUGUGAGUCUCAGAUAGCAAAGCUGUUGCCAUGGAUUCCAGGCUCUUUGACGUUGUUCAUUUAAACCAAGGUGUAAACUUAAGUGGUUCCCUGGUUUUGAGGUCCAAUAGUUAGGCCGUUCUCCUCUGUCCUUUCUGCUGGAGUGAGACCAUUUUGAGUUCCCUUCGUCUGUGGCCAGUGUCAUGGGCACAGGUUUAUGGGUUUUACCAUAUUGUUGGACUUGAGCUCUUUUCCUUGUCCACACUGGAUACUCCACUUGCCUAGUUCUCAUUUAGUUCAAGUACUGCCCUCCCUGCUGUGGCACGCCUUCUGUGUGUGCCGUGAGGCGGUUUCUUGUGGAAUGACCAGCCGGGCAGUUCCAUUGAACAGGGAGACUUUGCAAGGACCAGGUUUGUGGUAGGAGGACAUGCUCAGGUGUUGUGUGGAGGCUCCCCUGAAACCCCCACAGAGAGUUCUGGUUAUUCAGAGCCCUAGGACCUGGCUAACAGGAGACAAGGUAGGAACCAUUGUAUGAGCUUUGUACAGAUUUGUACAUUUGUGUAAUAGGCCUUUUCUGCUUUAAGUGUAGCUUUUUACCUGUAACCUUUAUUACAUUGUAAAUUAAAUGUAACUUUUGUCAUU